GUUGGCCAUUCUUCACAACCGCGCACUUGGCCACACUGACCUGCCCAGUUGUUUUUUCACGCCAAGAUUUACGCUCUUUGGAAAAGGAAACCUUUUUUCGCGAAUUUCAAGCAGAUCCCGACCAGAAACACACCUGCCCCAGGAUGUUGGCCCUCAUCAACAGGAUCCUCGAGUGGUUCAAGAGCAUCUUCUGGAAAGAGGAGAUGGAACUCACGCUGGUGGGGCUGCAGUUCUCCGGGAAGACGACGUUCGUCAAUGUUAUUGCAUCCGGCCAAUUCGCUGAGGACAUGAUACCCACAGUUGGAUUCAACAUGCGCAAGAUCACCAGAGGCAAUGUGACCAUCAAGGUGUGGGACAUCGGAGGCCAGCCUCGAUUCCGAUCCAUGUGGGAGCGCUAUUGUCGCGGUGUUAAUGCGAUUGUCUACAUGGUGGACGCAGCCGAUCUGGAUAAAUUGGAGGCCUCUAGGAACGAGCUGCACUCACUGUUGGACAAACCGCAGCUCGCCGGCAUUCCAGUGCUCGUGCUGGGCAACAAACGAGAUCUUCCAGGCGCCCUCGAUGAAACCGGACUCAUCGAACGCAUGAAUCUAUCGAGCAUACAGGACCGUGAAAUCUGCUGUUAUAGUAUUUCCUGCAAGGAGAAGGACAACAUUGACAUAACGCUGCAGUGGUUAAUUCAACAUUCGAAAAGCCAAAGUCGUUAGAUAACGAACACCGACAUACACACAACUCCCUACCCUCUACACUCACACACUUAGGCACUAUAUCUCACACAGAACAACUAUCUAUACAUAUAUACACUAAUAAUAAUUUGCAGAGUGAUGAACAAUGAGCAAAGCCAGCAGUAAGCCAACUAUUUGGGGUACAAGAUUGAUAAACAAAACUAAAACACAGCGAGUAAUAACUAUGCCUUGAAAAAUCUGUUUGUACGUAUGGUAAUAAUGUCUGCAUGUAUGUUGUAUGUGAUUUCGCAGUGCAGGGUUCGGGUGCUCGACAUUCUCGAAUUUGUAGACUCACAAAGGGAAGAUGCUUAAACAAAUUCUGUGUACUUUGUAAGUUUUGUUAGUUAAUCUAUGCCGAAGCACACUCAAGAGUAUACAACCAGUUAGUAUUCCAUUCUAACUUGAUCGACCCUAUAUAUAUAUAUAGAUAUGUGUGUCGCCUCUACAAAUUUCGUUGGUCGUCUCCACGUUUAGUUAGGCUUAUGUUUAGUGUUUAUUGGUGUGAUUAUAUAAUACAUAUUAUUUUUAUUGUUUUUGUAUUCAAUAUAUAUUUUACAUUUCGCUUAUA